AUGAGCAGCGCGAGCCAGCAGGGGUCGACGGCCGAAGAAGAGCGCCGCAGCUUCCUCGCCUGGACCAAGAGCAUGGACGCGCGGGAUGCUGCGAUCGACUUCGUCACGCAGUUCUGCAAGACCAUGGCGCGCGACCUGUACCCGCCGGCGUCCAUCGAGCGCAUCUUCGGCGUCGCCAUGCCCACGACGGAGCCGGCGCCGUCGCCGGGCAUCAUGUCGAUGGAGGAGUUCAUGGCAAGCAUCCCGGUCACAACGAAGGCCAUGCCGAUGGGCAAGAUUGUCUUCAACGUGUGGGUUAGUCUGCACAAGCAAGACUUCUUCAAGGAAGACGACAUGGUCUUGGCGCUGUUGAAGGGCAUGCUGCCCGCCUACUUUAUGGACUGCGUCCUGAAGAAGUACCACGCCGGAAACGGGAGCUACUACGAGGCAGAACUUCUCCAGCGCGGGUUCCGUGCCAUCGAAUGGGACCUUGAAGUCCACGAAAUUCUCGCCAAGAAGCAGAACCCGCCUGCAAGUCAGUGGCAGGCGACGCCAACGAGCGACGUCAAGACGCCCGACGCUCCUAGCACGCCGACGCCCGACGCCGAGCCACGCGCAGAGAAGGGGCCGCUCGGUCUGCUCGUCAACGGCAGCACGCUCUCGCCGUGCGUCGUGACGAUGAACACGAUGUUUGAGAAGUGCCCGAUCGCACAUGCCGCUGGCAUUCCCCUCUACGUCCGCAAGUGCGCCGGAGAAAGCAAGGAAGCUUCGUGCUACAUCAUCUCCCGGAUGAUGUCGGACCCCAAGAUCGGCUUGGCGUCCAUUCCCUGGACCGAUGGGGUGGCGUUUACCAAGGACGAUUGGGCCGCUUUGGACGAUUUCGAGAUGAUGAUGCUCGACGACGGGCCGCCGUCGGUUACCCGUGCCGACUUUGAGGCGUUUGCACGGAGCCGCACCGACUCGAAGGCGGGUAUCAUCCUCGAAGCGCUCUUCCCCAAGGGCCGCGCCGUCGUCAUCUCAGGCUUGCAGUCGAGCACGGAGCUCAACGGUCUUCGCGGGGUCGUCAUGGGGAACUACACCAACGGUCGUAUCGGUGUCGCCGUUGCCGGGCGUAGUGCGCCCGUGGCCGUCGCCCCCACCAAGCUCCAGACGGCGCCAUAGAUGGCGGUGCUACUCGUAUGUUUGUCCGUGCAUCGUUCGCGUUGAUUCUGCAUGUAAGAGGCUCCAUAGUAAGAGUAAUGAUUUUCGUCCCA